UAACAACUACAUCUAUUCGGUGCCUCGUCAAAGCCACUAUGUCCGGCUACCGCGAAAAAUUGGUAACCUUAUCUUUUAUUGAAAUGUACAAAAGGAGGGGAUUCAGAUUGAGGGGUGUACAUCGGAAUUUCCCCUCAAAAUGGAUGUGACAAUAGGCUGUCAGGCUAUACCAGUUUUGAAUAUUGACAUAUCGGGCCGCAGAGCGUGAUAUGUUAUGCCGAAUAGCAUGUUCGCGGGCGUCCGGAUGAAGAGCGACUGCUGGUAUGUAUAUGUGAAGAGUAAUUAUCCCUUCUCCUGUGUGCACAGCAUCGUUCUAACUUUUUCUCUCUUUUGCACUUGAUCACGAAAAAAUCACAAACUGUAAGAGCAAAACGCAAAACUUGCACUAUGGCUGCACAAGACGAGACCCAGGCAUCCGCUGCCGGGUUUCAGGAUAACCAUCACGUCGAUGGAGGGGAGGACCUGAAAGCCCAAUUGCACCGUCACACUGGCACCGUCUCACAAGUCCCUUUUCCUCCUUUCGGAAAGCUUGCCAAUCCAGGUCCAUUAGGACUCAUCGGCUUCGCGCUGACGACCUUUGUUCUGGGCCUCUACCAAUGUGGAGCUGGCCUACCAAACUCCAACCCUGAGGGCGCAGUAGGACCUGACCAAGCCGUCUUCGGGCUCGCCAUCUUGAUGGGCGGCUUCGCCCAGUUCGUAGCUGGCAUCAUGGAAUUCCGCGUCGGCAACACGUUCGGCACCACAGUCCACUGCUGCUACGGCGCCUUCUGGCUCAGCUUCGCCAUGUUCUUGAUCCCAUCUCUCGGCAUCAAAGAUGCGUAUGCCGGUGACGCGCGCGCAUUUUCAUUCGCGCUCGGCAUCUACUUGAUCCUGUGGUGUUUUCUCACGGUCAUGUUCCUCGUUGCGGCGCUGAGGACGAAUUGGACGAUCAUUGCUGUGUUCUUCUUUCUGGUGCUAGCGUUCUUGUUUCUGUCUAUUGCGCAGUUUAUUGCGACGGAACAUCCGCAGGCGAGUAUCAAUGUUAAUAAGGCCGGUGGUGCGUUUACCAUUAUUUGUGCGGCUAUAGCGUUUUAUGCUGGUGGCUCAGGAUUGAUGACUGAAGAGACCACUUUUAUUCGAUUUCCACUUGGGGUUAUUCCCCGGGGGGAGGCUUGAGGGACUGUCUUUCUCUUGCGAUUUCGCAAGAUGGCGAUUACGAGGAUCUGCAUUCGAUUCGAUUGCUUGAUGGAGCUGUUAUUUUUGAGGGUUACAAAUUUCAUGCCUGCAAGAAUCAGGUUGAACUACAAAAUGUUUGGUGUUGAGAUCUUGAUCUCUAUUUGCUUUCUUUAGGCUGUUCGACAUAUCAUCUGCCUACUCAGUGAUGUACAUAACCGUGCCUUAUUCACUUUAUACCGCC